AUGUCACUAACUUCAAGCCCGAAGGCCGUUUCAUCAUAUACAGGACUCCCAGAGGGAUGGCAAAUCAGAAUCUCCAAAAGUCAUAACACCGAGUACUUCUACAACCCCACUACACAGGAGUCAACCUGGAACGCCCCAGAAGGUUCCAAUGAGGACCUACUGAAUUCCUACGUAGCUAAGGGACUACAUAACCCAGCUGAGGUUAGAGUCAACCAUUUGCUCUUGAAGCACAAAGACUCUAGAAGACCUGCCUCUUGGAAGUCUGAGUCCAUCACCAGAACCAAGGAGGAAGCUAUCGAAGAGUUGAAGGAAUGGGAAAGGAAAAUCAAAAGUGGCGAGGUCAAAUUGAGCGAUGUAGCCACCACUGAGAGCGACUGCUCAAGUCAUUCCAAAGGCGGUGAUCUGGGCUUUUUUGGAAGAAGACAAAUGCAACCCAGUUUCGAGAAGGCCUCGUUCGCAUUGCAGGUUGGUGAAUUCUCGCCCAUAGUGGAAACCGACAGCGGAGUGCAUUUGAUUGAGAGAACCGGAUGA